UUUUGUUUUUAUCCCUCCGAUUGCUCAGCCACAGUCCUAAUAUUAUUUAUAGGAUUUUCUUUAAAUUUCACAUCUGUGUGGUUGCACGAUCGCUUUAAAAUGCCGAAAAUUGGUUGACGAAGUUCGGCAUAAUAUUCCGGUGACGGUCAACAGAGGGGGAUUUUGAUAUAAAAAGUUAAUAUAUUGUUUGAUUCUCCGUAAAAAAUAUAGACCCAUUUUAACAAAUUAUGAAUCAAAUUUUACAUAACAUGUUUUAGGAAAAUUGAGAAUAAUAACAUUGACAGACAUGGCGACAGAGAUAAGUCAAAGCAAAACAAUCUGCAUUCUGGCUGUUGUAGCAGGAUGUUUCGCCAUUCUAUGGCCAUCUUUAUUUUAUCCAAUGCUAAAAGGAUCAUUUGCACCUCAGACUCACACAGGCUGUUGCAAUGUGCUGUCCAGUACGGACGUGAAUAUAGUUAAAAUAGUAAUGGAUAUAUGUGAUCGUGUAAUUGACACAACGGACAAAAAAACAAAAUUGGAAAAAUGUCGUCACGAUAUUUUCAACACGUGUGCAAUCAAUAUAACUGAUUUAAUCAAUGAAAAUAAGGUUGGCAAAAUUUCGCACAAUAAACAUUUAAUCGACGAAAUAAGAUCUUUGAAUGGAUCUCUAUGUCUAAAAUAUCAUUAUGGAGUUUCCUUGACAAGCUUGGGGGUUACACAUAGACUUAAAGAAAGCGAUCCUUUAAUGAAUAAUAUUCCGCAAGAAAGAACUCCUGUCCAUUUAAGAGCCUCCAAAGCAACAAUGCAUCCAGCAUUAAUGGAAAAAGGACGAGCAAUUCCCCAACCUCAUAUUGGACCUAGACAUAGUAGUCCAACUCCUCACAGUUUCAAACCACCAAUUCCAGGAUCAAGACCGACAAUGGGAGGCAUGGGCGGCACCAGUAAUAAAAUCGCUGGAGGAGAUGGUGGUGGUGCCAUGAAUAUACUAAUGCCAAUGUAUACAAUUGGAAUACUUCUUUUUUUUGUGUAUACUAUGAUGAAGUUGUUGUCAAAAAAAGACGACGUUGAAGAUACUAUUGAUGAUAAAUAUUCUUCACAUUAUCCUUAUGGCAGAGAUAAUAAAUCAAAGCUACAGCCGCAGAAUCUUCCUACAAAAUUAGGGUUCAUUGAAAAGGAUACGAGGGAUUUAGAAAUAGAUGCGCUCCGUCGCAAGCUAGAAGAAACAGAGGCUGCGAUGGAACGCAUUGUUAAGCAAAUGAUAUUGGCGUCUGAGUGCAAUGGGAUGGAUGGGAAUAAGGAGUUUAAAAACGAAAAUAUUGACGAGGGGGAAUGUUUGACAAAUACGUUAUCCAAUGACAACGUCAAUGAUACGAUUACCACUAAAAAGUCUACACAAUCAGAGGAAUCAAAAAGCAUUAAAUCUUUAAACACUUCCGAACCAUACGAUGAAAAUACUACAGAUUCCGAAAUUUCUGUAAAAAAAAUAAUUCAAGUGGUCAAUAUGGAAACAUCUGAAAGUGUUGGUGGUGGUCAUUGUUGGACUCCGACCGAAAAAGAGAAAAUACCUUCUAAAUGUAAAACAGCAUCUAUAGAAGAACCCAUUUCUCUACUCAUUCCUGGUAUGAUUCCUAAGAACUCUCAAGUUUUAAUAAGCGAUGGUCCACUCAAUACUCCCUCAGAAACUGAGGAUCACGAAGCAGUAAUUUCAAGCAAAGUUACAUUAUCAUUAAUACCCGACGACCGAGUAGAGGAGUACCUAACUAGUGAUGAAGCAGAAGAUGAUAAUACUACUUCAACACUAUCAAACAUUAACUAAUAUGGCGAAAAAUGAAAACAUAAACGUAUGAUUUACCUAUAUUUAAUAAUUAUAUGUCGAGUAAAUAAUAUUUUCAAUGUACAUGCACGAUUUUAAAAUAGGUAAUGUUUGGGGAUUUAACGAGAGUAAUAAAUAUGGGAAUAGGAACGUAUAAUAUGAAAGUUUUUAAUUGCACAUUUAUAAUGCACUUAAAUAUUUUGUGGUAGAUUUUAAUAUUAUAACUUUAUGAAUGAGCCAUUAUAAUGAACUUUUCAAUAUAUGUUAAAAAAUAUGUGAUCAGUAUUAUUUCAUGUACCUAGUUUGUCAAUUUAUAAGUAAAUAUUUUCGUUAUUUUUGAAGUACUUUAGACUGAUAAUGUUGCCAAAUGUUUAGCAAAUAUUACUUGAAUUUAUUGUACUUUUUCUGUAAUAAAUAUCUGACGUGUCAAAUCAAAAAAUUUAUGUUCUUUUUUUAGUUUCUAUGCGAAGCAAGGAAUGUUUUGUUUUUACAAUGUGUGUUUUUUAAUUUUUUUUUUGUUUGACGUCAAUUUUAGGACCAGUAAAAGUUGCUGUAACUCAACCUUGAGGGUGGAAUCUGGUAGAAAAUUGGAUCUUGUUGGUACUUUUUAGGGAAGGGGUGAGAGGGGUUGAAAAUUCUUUUUAAAAGUAAAAAUUCUCAGGUUUUACAAAAUGAUUAAAAAAACAAAAAAUAUAUUAGUGGAAAGGGAAAUUUUUAUUCAGUACCAGAUUUCAACUAAAUGAUUUUGUUUUAAGUUAAAAAGUAGAGACUUGAAUUUUUCGACAAAUAUUUACACUAGUAUUUUUUAGCUGUGGUAUAAUUUUCAAAAUAUUUUGGCUCGUUUUGUGCAUAGAUAUUUCAAAUAUUUUAGUAAAUUAAUAUUUUUUUUAUUUAUUUAUCAUGACAAAACUUUUGUUUGAGUAAAUACUAAAUAAGUGAGUAAAUUUAUACAAUGAUUCUCAUCAAUUAUUCUUACCGUGAUUAAUAAAUAUCGAAAAUCAUAAGCACAACUAUUUAUCAUAAGACAUAAAUCGUAAUACGUUUAAUUUUAAAUUAUGAUGAAAUUCUUAAAAAUCGUGAACAUUUUCAAAUUAUUUUAUAGUUGAAAAUAUAUAUAAUUUUUAAUUUUAAUCGCUAAGUCUUGAUAAUAUUGUACAAAAGUUCCCCAUUAAAACGUUAAAAUGUUACCAAAAUUGGACAUUUAAACUAAAAAUAUCGGUUUUAGACGUUUUAGUGAUUAUUUACAAAAUAUUUAUAUUAGUUUUAAGCUAUUCCUACGAUGAGACGUGGUAUAUACACCGUUCUAUCAUGGUAGAUUACUGAGUACAUAGGUACUGACUAAUAAGUUAGGCAAUACAGCUAAUAAUAAUUAAUAUUAUGCGAUUUGUUUCUAUUUUGGGUAAAAUUAGUUACCUUACGUAUUACUUAUAGAAAAAUAAAUUACUUAUAGCAAUAUAAAUGUAUAAUAAAAUAUUCUUAGAGAUAUAGGCCGACAGACCGUCUCCGAUCAGAAUUUUUUUUGUAUGCAAUUAUUUUUAAUUACAAUAAAACACAUUAAUUUCAGUACAAUAAGAGACUUCUCCGUUUUUUUUUUAUUUUGCAUAUUAUGUUUUCCCUAUUUAAUUCAAAUAAUAUAAUUAUAUAGGGGUAAUAUACCAAAACUUUUCUGUAUAUUAUUUGAUUUGUUAAAAGUAAACGUAUUUGUUUAAUUUGUGUCAUAUUAUGUAAAGUAUAAAUAAUAAUUCAGUAUUAUAUAAUUCAAUAUGCCUAGUCAAUAAAUAGUCAUUUUUAAUGAUCAAUGUUGGUUAUCUACUACCAGUACUACCUAUAUGAAAAAUGAAUAUAAUGGAGCAGGAAAUAAAAUAAUAAUGUGGUCAUCUAUUAUCAAUACACCUUUCUUUGAAAUUUAAACCAGUAUCCAGUAAGUACACCAGGUAAAUUAUUUUUUAUUAACUUUCACUAUACAUCAUUAUCUACUGUUAAUUAUUGAAGAUAGUUCCUUCAUCCUUGUUUGAAUUGCAACCGUGGGUAUGAUAUACGUAUGCAAUUACAAAGUUACAAAUAAUAGAAUUCCAUGACUUCCACUUUAGAAGUGGGCACCAACCUACCUAUAUUACAUAUGAACACAGUUCACACGCAUAUAAAGGUAAGUAGGUACCUAAAUACCAUAUUUUCGACAGCUAACCGCGUAUUUUAUACGGAGUUUUGUAUUUUUGUCAAUUGUCACAAUAUUAUUUUCAAAAACAGUUGAAAAUUAUUUUCCAUAGCACUGUCGUUUUCGCGAAAUCACGGUAGCGAAAAAAAGAAAAAAAGGAAAGCGCAGAACAUAAUAACAUGAUAACUGGAUAACGUUUAUAACGAUUGGCGUAGAGGUGGAAAGUUGUUGUCACGGGAGACCGCACAAUAAUGAGCAAGAAAGCGUUUCAGACCUCAUACGUCCUCAGUCCGUAUUGUAUCGCCGCGGCAGUGUGUUCACACGUGCGUGAACUGCAGUUUCAGUACCCGUCAGGCAGGUGCAGUAGUAGUGUGCUGUACCUACCGUGAAAAUAAACGGUCAUUUCUGUCAGAAAAUCCAAACCGAAGUUUCCGUAAAAAGAAUACGACAAUUACAGCUGGCACGACUCCCCGGUCAAAAACAAAAUAAA